AUGGCGGACGUCAAAGUUGACAGUUCUGACUCGGACCAGGAUCCGAAGAAGAAGCGCGGCAAGAACUCCAGGAACACAAAGGCAAUCCAUAGCGCUUCUGAUCAGUCUUCCGACGAAGAAGUUGCGCCACCACCGAAGAAGGCAGCUCGUGGAAGACCGAGGAAAAGCGUGACUCGUCAUGACAGUGACUCUGAUGAGAAACAGCGUCGCCCGUUCAGCGAUAAGAUGGAAACGGAUGCCCUCAGCGAUUUGUUGAAGAGGCGCAAUGCCAAGCUGAAGCGCGACGCUUCUGAUCAGUCUUCCGACGGAGAAGUUGCGAUUGACUCCGACAAAACCCUUUCCUCGGCAUCUUUCGAGGACAUCUUCGAGAGUUUUGAACAGGAGAAUUUUCGCAAAUUCGAAGAACAGGGGAUUGAAUUAUCCGCCCAAGAAAAGGCGGAUUUCCCCAAGAUGACCAAGAUGCAGAAAGAGCAGCUGAUAUUUGACAAAGGCGAGGAGCUUGCUCGCCGCCGUACGAGGGAAGCCAUAGAGCUCAAGAAUGGUCUGGGUAAACCCGGGAAAGUGGUGCCACCGAAGGAAACUAGCGACGAGGAUAGUGACCGCGAUUCCGCAAAGCGUAGUGAGUCGCCGGUUCAGCACACCAGCCGCUACGAAUCGGCUUCACAGCGUUCUCAGACUUUGUCAUGGACACCAUCUGAGUUAGCUGCAGAACGGGACUUUUUCCCGGAUACCCACGGGAAGGAGUCCAGUUCAUCUUCUGAGUCAUCAACAAACACUCGUGCUUGCAGUCCUACUCCAGAGGAGGAAGAGCAAGGCACUCCGAUUGAAACGAAGGCUGACAUCAUGAAGGCUUUGCUCACCCGCUCUACCCUUGCCAAGUUUGUUCACGCUCCGUUCUUCAAAAACACGGUGAAGGAUUGCUUUGUCCGUGUGAACGCUGGUUUGCCACCGAACGCCUACGGUCGUCCUUAUAAGAUUGGCCUUGUUUUGGACGUUUUGGAGACAGCCAAGACGUAUGAAUUUGAAGAACAGCGCACAAACAAGGGUUUGAAACUGCAGUUGGGACCCAGUUACGAACAAAUUGUGCGACUGGAGUCCAUCUCUAAUCAGCAUAUCACCGACACUGAGUUCCAAGAAUGGUUCUUCCCGAUGAAGAAUUCGAAGCCGGGUCUACCGAACAUGGAACAAGUACAGAGGAAAAGCAUUGAGAUCAAGGACGCCUUGCACCACAUAUUCACCGAUACUGAGGUGGAACAGAUGAACAAGGAGCGUCUUCGUUUCGAGCAGAAGACUGGCAAAUUCGCCACCGAAAAACGUUGGCUGAUGAACCAAAAGGAAACGCUAACUGAAGAAGGCAACCUCGAAAAGGCCGCCCAAAUCCAACUGGAACUCCAACGCCUAGAAUCGGUGGCUGAUGAGCUGGACCGCAAACGCCAAGGCUCGACGAUGGGAAUAACGUGGAUCAACAAGCGCAAUCGCAACUUGAUGAAGGAAGCCUGCCUUGGUGACCAAACGGCUCUGGAUCUACAUCUGGGCAGCGCCCCGAUCGCUCGCGAUGCUAAAAUAAAGCACGUCUGUGGUAAAGGCGGAUCAAGCAGCCAGAAGUCAGCGGAAUCGCAAAACACUACCGAGCUGAUCGAUUCGGUGCAACAAUUUCUCGAGGAACUUGCUUCUGCUGAACCGUUGAAGCAGACUGGUGAUGGACCUGAUUCCGGGGUCACCCGCACCGAACUCGACGUCAUGCGCAAGAUGGAAGGCGAUCUAAAUAUGCCAAUAGGCCAAAAGGCUAAGGCUGCUGAACCGGAAGAGCCGGAACGUGUCAAGGGACGUGCGAUGUCGUUCGAGGAAUACAAGGCAAAAACUAGUUCUUCAAUUUGUGAUCUUCCCACAUCGGUGCCACGAUUUCUUCACAUUUUCGUCUACCCGUUGUUU